AUGUCUGACAAUAUCCCGUCUAUUGCUGCUUCUUUCACAGGCGAGGGCGCUGAUCAUGGUCCUAUCCCAUGCGGUAAUGGAAACCAGUGCUACGGUAAUAAAUGGAUCUUGCCUGGGGAACGCGCUCACCCUGUUCGCAACCAAAAUGCGAACAAGCCAGAUCGUAACGUCUGCCAAGGUUGCCGGGAUCACUACAAUGGAAAGUCUACAACCAUCAAGCUCAAACACAAUAGCACUGGUGGAUCUGGAAUUUCAAUCCAAGCACUCCAGGAUGCAGCACUCAUCCAGCGCCAGAACAUUAGUGCACGAACAGGAAGUGUCUCUAAUUCAAGAAGUCAGCUUGUGGCUAUCCCCAAACAGUCUAUGGGCCCUCCGUCUUUCAUUCCUGGGCCUCGAGUUUCAGUUCCAAAUGUGUCUGGCAAUUCUGGUUCUUUGGGCUCAAUUCUUGCAACUCCUGCAGCUCAGUAUUCAAGCAAAGGCUACUCGGCGAAUCACGCCAAGUGGUCGGCUGCCCGGGCAAGUUGGGCGCAGGCGUCAUACGUCGGUGCUCCACCUGAAACAAUUUCUUUCAUUGCCGGUGUUCGGUAUGAAGUUGUCGGAAAGAUCAAGGGCGAUGCUUUUGGGCCACUCAACGAAGGCGGGGAUUUGGAUGCCAAGGCGACUCCUCGAAUGAUCAUCCAGGCAGUAUAUGAUCUUGUUUAUCCUAAACUCGAAGCCAUAGUCAAGAAGGAGACAAAGGGAGGCUUUGUGUUUCAGCCGGAUAACUUUGUUGUCCGUGAUAUAAAACGAUGGGUCUCUCUCAAUGCACAGCCCCUUGAUACUCCAGGCUACUACUACGAGGAAAAUCUGAAAGUUGGGCGCUCGAAGUUGGAGAAGGAGCGUCAGCUUCGGGUUUUCCAAAAGCCGAAAACUCCGAUUCAGCUUGCCCUUGUCAUUGAUCUCGAAGAAUGGCAGCGCUUUGAGGAUUAUCAGGGGAACAAGAACCAAGGCACAACUGUGCAGCAAUCCACCGAGGAUUGUGAUCCCUACAAUGAAGACGUAUCAGAGGCAAUAACGAGGCAGUCAACCAGGCAACUUUUUGUCUCCCAAACUCAUACUCGGAGUUCUACUCGGAGUUCUUCGGCUUCCGUCUUGUCGCAUUCAACUGUUCCCAUAUCUCCCUCAGCCUCAGUUUUGAAGAAGACUCGCUCCACAAUUUCUGGAUCCCUUGGAGCGAUCUUAGACCCGUCUACAAAGAGUACUGAGAAAUUGGCCUCGUCCUCCGUCAUGGCUCCUCUACACGGGGAUCGUCCGACAACACCGCCAAACUUGAUCUCUAGAAAACGUUCUGCGCCCGAAUAUCGCUCUCCAGAUGAACAACUGAUAAAGCGAGCGCUCAGCGAAGGGGGUUCCUUAAAAAGGAUUAACAAUGCUUGUGAGCUUCAGCACAGAAUUUACUAUUCAAGUCUGACCUGGGAUGCAGCUGUUCACACAACCGAACACAUUGAGUUCUUUAGAAUCAAUCCUCCAAGCUUCAUGGAGCUUCUCAACACUAAAGCGUCGUUUUCCUGUGAUAUGGCGCUAACAGUAAACGGCACUUUGUCCCUGGUUGCCUCUGAUGUACUCCUUGGUGUAGGAACUUUCAAAUCUGCCCACGAAGCUCGGUUGACCCUCAAUCCGUUGUCAAAGGAGACUUUGGGCAGCUUUCCCAAUCAACGAGUCGCUGCUAAGCGAAUGUUUGAUUUUGUGGAUCGAGAGAAGCAACUGAAGCGUUUCUCUCCAACCGAAGAACUUCGUCAGACUGUGCGGGAGGGCAAUAUUCUAUUCUGGGCAAUCUCCAUUCACAACUUCUCCUACGCAUUUAUUUGGGAUUUUAUCGAGAAGAACGGGUCACCUCCGGCGCAUCUACCCAUCUUCGAUAUCCGCUUUGUGGAGGCAGGGGUUGCCAUCAUUCACAACCCCGUGGCGACAGGGAAAACUGUCAAGGACACAAACUCCAUCCGCCGCACCUUUCUUAUUGAAGAGUUGAUCGAAUCUUCUGGAGACAACAACGAGUCGUUUGUCAAAUUUAUCAACAAUGCGAGCGCAGUUCCAGUCUGCUCCAUCGGUCCCGACUCCGUACAUUAUCCCAUUGCAAUAUUUUUGUGCUUCAUGCAGCACGUUCAAUACGAGAAAUCCAAGGGCUUGGUAUUCCUCUCUGACCUCCAAGGUUCGCCGACGCGUUUGAGCGACCCUCAGAUCAUGACAUCUCCGGAACUCAAGCAGGGCCUAUUUGGAGGUGGAAACGUCGGUUCUUUGUUCAAGAAGUUCCCGAGCCAACAUCAAUGCUCACAAUACUGCCAAUUCUUCCGGCUGUCGUCCCUUGCUUAG